AUGAAGACCAAGCUGGAGCGGGCCAUAGCCGAGCUGCGGUUGCACUACCUAAUGGUCGUCCUCGACAUGCUCCGCGCUUACCUCGAGCACGAUGCCCACCUUCGUGCAGGUACUGCUGCUGAACGAGCAACCCUGGCAGGGUAUGGUGACUUCGCGCUAUCUUUCAACAUGAUGCAAACAACCAACUCGCUCCCUUCUCGCUUUGCUGAAGAGUCGGUCACAGAGCUGUUGGAAGAAGCGGUUUGGAUGAACCUAGAAACUACUAAACGUCAGCGGGAGUGGCGAGAUCGUAGCAUCGCUGAGCGAAAGGCUGCCAAACGCGCGCGCCACACUAUCAGCGCACCAUCUAGUUCGGACCGCGGAGAAGGAUCGAGCUUGAUCCGGGGAAACACUCAUCCCAACCGCGAAAACACCCCGCAGACUCAUUCUUCUUCUACCAUCUCCUCUACCAGGUCCCUUACACAUACUCGGAUGGAGGUUGACGACGAGCCUGAACCUAACCCAGUGGAUGGAAAAAGCGCAGGGGACGCCGCUAGAAAGGAGGCUACUAGACCCAAGAAGAAGUAA